UAUAAAAUUUAUAUUCCGAGCAAUAUUAAUCAUCAAUUCUAAAAAAUAGCAAGAAAAAGAACUUUAAACAGUGAAUAUAAUAGAAUAAAUGUUAAACAAAUGAGUGAAACCAAGAAAUUGUUAUGAAAAUUAACAAAUGAACAUUAAUCAGAAAAUAUAACGAGUGGUGUCCUUGAGCAAUUACAAUACGUUCGUUAUUUUGCAAAAUAAUAAUAUAGGAAAAAAUAAUACCUACUACAAAGAUCACGUCGACAUUAGACAACUUGAAAACCAGUUGAAAAGAAAAAGUAAAAAAAUUACCCUGCGCACACAUUCAAAGAUACGAAAAUAAAUACAACACACACACAAACAAAUUAGUGUUGUCAGUCAGUGCUUGUGGUAUUAAAAAUAAAUAAUCAAACGAAACAGUUCAACUGAACUGAAACUGUUGAAGAGAACAUUUUGAAGAGGGGCAAAGAGAAUUUGUCAUUUCAUUUAAAAAACAAAAGCAAAAAAGAAACAGAAACAGAAAAAUAUAUAUUUUACUUUUUUCUUGAUAACAAAGACACAUAAAGAAAAACAAAAAGGAAAAUAUCAAAAACAACAACAAGCUAACAUAUUGCAAUCGUCCGACUGUUGCUUUCAUCAUCAAAUUUUCCAUUAACGAGGAGUUUUUCUCUGUUUUAUACAACAAAAACAGCACAAUAGUAAUAAUCAUUACAAUAAUAUCGAUAAAGAGUUUUUUCUAAUUAACUUUGCAAAACCAAUGUUAUUUGUUGCCAAUAAUUACGAUGUACAAUUCAAUGCAAACGGAAUGAACAACAUGGAGCAACUCCGCUGCCAUUUCAGCCCCCUACCAGUAUGUGGGACUAUUAAAACCAAAACAACAAAUAACAAAAAUACUACUGCUGCUGUUGCCGCUGAUAUUAUUACUACAACUACAAGAAACCAAUUACAACAACAACAAGUCAAACAAAAUGAUUAUGAAUCCUUGCAAGUUUUGGCAGAUUACAAGCAUUUUUUAUUGAAUGAAUCUAUUGUGAACGAAGAAGACAAUUCUUAUCCCAAUAACGUUAGAAACGAUAUUUCCCCCUCUAUUUCCUGGUUUAAAAAACACAAACGUCAGCAACGCCACUUGAGAGUUUUACGUUCUUCUUUAUUAAACAUUGAUUUAAGAAGACUCCGUUUAGAUCCAUUUAAAAACAAUUCCCGACUAAAUUGGCAUCAUAUACUAUUGGCCAUAUGAUUUGCAAUUACCAGAAAACACCACAACAAACAAAACAAAGACAGCUCAAUACCUGCCUCCUAAAAAACAUAAAUAAAAACUUUUCAUCAACUUUAGAUUCCAGCACAUCCAGUUCAUCGUCCCCAAUGUCUACAUUGACAGCGGAUCUUAGAACAGCGGCAGUUGCUGCGGCAGCUGCCAGCAACAAAUCAGUCGUUAAGCCUCCUAUGGAGGCCGUGGUUGUGAAUAGUAUCAUAUAUUCAAAGCCCUCAUUUUGUAGAAUUGCUGUAGACCUGGGCGAUAUGCCGGUUGAUAAGAAACCAACAGCAACAUCGACAAAAUUGACAAACGGGUCUUGCCCAAAUAAUUUUUUUAACAGUGAAACAUUUUGUUCAUCAAUGGGCUUGAAGAAUGAAGCAUUCAACUAUGAUGCUGCUUCCUGCUUGGCAGGUUUGGCCGUUCCACCGUCAUUAGACGUGGGUGCGGAUACACAAGUGUAUAGGAUGUGUACCACCAUUAAUGGUUCUGUACAUCAUCAAAUUUCCGACUUGUGUGAUAACAUUCUAGCCAUGGCAGGAUUUUUCGGUGUCACAAACAAUGAACAUGACGACGAUAGCUUUAUAGAGUUUGCCUACAGAGAUGAUAGCGAUAAUGAUGACGAUAACGACGACGACGAUGAUGAUGACGACGAGGAGGAUUACGAAGAUGAUUAUUAUGAUGAAGAUCUUGAUGAUGAUAAUGAUGUAGUCGAUUUCUCAUAUGAAUGCCCGAUUGAACCUGCACCAAAAUUAAACUGUGAUAAAAAGAAAAAGGUACGCUUCAAUACCAAACCCACAGUACAUGUUAUGCAUACUUGGACUUAUGCUUACCGCGCUGCACGUAAAGGUGAAUGGGAAAUGUAUGCACGUGAUCGCGAACGCUUUAAAUUGAGAAUACAACGAGCCGCCUUAACAAUAAAUCCCAUAUUGCAAAGAGAACAUCGUCAAAAAAUUUAUGAAAAACGAUUUGCCAACCUCUACAACAAUGAUGACGACAAUGAACAACAUCAAACUGAAGCUGUUACAAAUUCUGUUUCGGCCGAGAUUAUGGAAUCGAAGGAAAAAACCUCUAAUAAUAUUGAAUCCAAAAAACCACACCAAAAAAAGAAACGCAGAAAGAAACGAUUUUGCAAAAUGGGAAACAAACAUUAUUUUUAAUAGUAUUUUCCUUUAUUUUUAUCAUUAUUACAACAAAUAUAAUUAUAAAAUUCUGUUAAUGUUUUACUUAAAUCUUUUUAAAAUCAUUUUCGUUUUAAAAUUGGUUGGUGAAUUUACUGUAUAUAAAAGAAAAUUAGAAAACACUGAUAAAAUUGAAUAUAUUUUUUAAGGAAUUACUAAUACACACAUGGUUAAUUUUAAGAUUUAUUUAUAGAAAAUAUUUUAAUUUUAGUCAAUAAAUAUAAUAAAAAAGCACUGAAAUAAAACAAA